GAGCCCGGCCGCAAGUCGGAAUGGGUAGUAGCCAGUAGGCAGUGUAGCGGCGCUCCAUUCACUCUGACUCCUCCUUUCCAAUUUUCCAUUGUUGUUUCAGAUACAUCGUUCAUUCUUCAUUGUUCUUCAUCGUUCUUCAUUGUUCUUCAUCGUUCUUCAUCGUUCAUUCUUCAUUGUUGAUUGUUGUGUUUGAAGAAUUUGACAGAGAUUAUCGAAAGAGAAAGAUGGGCGAAUUAUUGAAGGUGAAUGCAAAGCAGUACCUUGGAGAAAUCUCGGCUCUUUGUUUCCUUCAUGUCCCCUCUCCUUUCUCUUCUCUUCCUUUGCUUCUUGCUGGAUCAGGAUCACAAAUAUUACUAUUUGAUGUAAACCUUGGUAGACAGAUACAAUCGUUUUGUGUAUUCCAAGGAAUUCGUGUUCAUGGAAUUGCGUCUCGCAUAAUGAAUUAUGAGGAUAAUGCUUUAUCUCAAUCUGUUACCUUUAAAAUUGUUAUAUCAGGCGAGAAGAUUGUAAAACUGUAUAGGUUGUGCAUUCAGUUGCAUUCAGAAUCUCUUGAUAAAUCACAUGUUUCGACGGAGCUCACUUUUCUACACUUGUUGCCAAGAUUUACACAUUGGGUCCUUGAUUUUUGUUUUUUAGAGGAUGGUUUAUCUUCCUCUAAAGAGGGAGGCUGUUAUCUUGCUGUUGGAUGUAAUGAUAAUUCUCUUCAUAUUUGGGAUGUCUUGAAGUCGAGAUUGGUGUUUGAUGUUAUAUGUCCAGAGCGUUGUCUUCUGUACUCGAUGAAGUUCUGGGGCCAUGAUUUUAAAACUCUUAUGAUUGCCUCUGGUACUAUCUUUAAUGAGAUUGUUGUGUGGAAAUUGGUUUGUCAACAUCCCAGACAACUUUCAACAAGUGCUGGACAAGAUCUCGUUGUGUUGAGCUUUUCUGGAGAUGUUCACCCCCUGAAUUAUCUCCACUAUGAAGCUGAGAUUAUUUCCACUCUCUCAGGCCACCAGGGUUCUAUCUUUUGUUUAUCUUGGUCAAAGGAUGGAUCCAAACUGGUUUCUGUAUCUGAUGAUCGUAGUGCUCGAAUGUGGAUCACCAAUGCUGCAAUGAACGUGACUGAUGAUUUAUCAAUAUCAUGUGGCCCUUACUUGGCUGGUCCUGUGCUGUUUGGUCAUGGUGCUCGGGUCUGGGAUUGCUGCAUAUCUGACUCAUUUAUUGUCACUGCCGGAGAGGACUGUACGUGUCGUGUUUGGGAGUUGGAUGGAACUGAGCUAAGAGUUAUUAAGGAGCAUAGUGGGAGGGGAAUAUGGCGAUGCCUCUAUGAUCCAAAUACGUCCCUCCUUGUUACUGGUGGAUUUGAUUCUGCAAUCAAGGCCCACCGUCUGCAUUCUUCAGUAUCUGCAUUCUCAGGCGAAUGUAUCAGUGAAUUUGAGGAAAGAAGAGCAGAGGUCUUAAGAGUUUGCAUUCCAAAUUCAUCAGGUCAUAGUGGGUUUAUUGACAGCAAAAGCGAAUAUGUACGUUGUUUGAAAUGUGCUCGCAAGGAUGUGAUUUAUGUUGCUACAAACCACGGUUAUGUGUACCAUGCUAAAUUAUAUGAAAGUGGAUCCGCAGAAUGGACUGGACUUAUCCGAAUCACUGAGGAGAUCCCAGUUAUUUGCAUGGAUUUGUUGUCGACAAAUCUUGAUGAGCUGUCCCUGGAAGUUGAGGAUUGGAUUGCUGUUGGUGAUGGUAGGGGAACCAUGAAAAUAAUAAAAGUUGUAUUUCGUGAUGGCGCUCCUCAUGUAGCAGUCAGAAUUUCUUGGUCCGCUGAAAUGGAUAGGCAGCUCUUAGGAGCAUAUUGGUGCAAGUCACUUGGAUGUAGGUUCAUUUUCACAUCUAACCCAAAGGGUUUGGUGAAGCUAUGGAGGUUGUCUGAUUCAUUAUCUCAUGAUGCUGUGGGAAAUUAUGAUAUGUAUCCAGUUGCCGAUUUCAUGUCACCUUUUGGUGCAAGGAUAAUGUGUCUGGAUGCGACAUUUGAGGAAGAGGUAUUAGUUUGCGGGGAUUUGCGUGGCAAUCUGAUUUUGUUCCCUUUGUCAAAAAGGAUACUGCUUGAUAGUUCUAUACAAGCCAUUGAGAAGACACCUUUCUUAACAUAUUUUAAAGGUGCCCAUGGGAUAUCUACUGUCUCCAGCAUCUCAAUGGUCAAACUCAGCUUCAAUGUGAUUGAAAUCUGCUCGACUGGAGGUGAUGGGUGCAUAUGCUAUCUGGAAUAUAAUAGAGAUCAACAAAUUGUAGAAUUUGUGGGAAUGAGACAUAUGAAAGAAUUAAACCUCAUUCAGUCUGUCGUUGCUGACCAUUAUUCCCUGGAUGAUUUAGCAAGCGUCAGCUAUGCAGUUGGUUUCUCAUCUACGGACUUUUUGAUAUGGAAUUUACUCUCUGAAACUAAGGUACUGCAAGUUAAGUGCGGGGGAUGGCGCCGUCCUCAUUCUUAUUAUCUUGGUCAAACACCAGAAAUCUGCAGUGGCUUUGCAUAUGUUAAGGAUGAGAUCAUCUAUGUUCAUAGAUACUGGGUACCAGAUGGUGAAAAGAAGACAUUUCCGCGUAACUUGCACUUACAAUUCCAUGGGAGAGAGAUCCAUUCAUUGUGUUUUAUCCCUGAAGAUGUUCAAUGCGCAACACAAUAUCUUGAUUCUAAAUUAAGUUGGGUUGCAACUGGUUGUGAAGAUGGUAGCGUGAGACUGACUAGGUAUGGUCAGGGUACUGAUGAUUGGGCCAUGUCCAAUCUACUCGGGGAGCAUGUUGGAGGGUCAGCUGUGAGAUCAUUAUGUUUUGUGUCAAAGGUACAUUCUGUGGAAGCUAAAAUUGUUGAAGCACCUAAUGGUACUACGAGGACCAACAAUUUCAUGGAGAACAUUGAGCAUCCAUGCUUGCUGAUUUCUGUUGGGGCUAAACGGGUGCUAACCUCAUGGUUGUUAAGGAAAGGAAAGAAGAACGAGGGAGAUACAUCUGCUGAUGGCCUGGAGCACAGUUAUGGCAGUCAUAGUUCUUCAGUAGGUCACAUAUCUUCAAUGUCAUUCAAGUGGCUAUCCAGCGACAUGCCGGUCAAAUGUGUUCGUGUUGAGAAAAAGACUCAAAGCAGUGGGCACUUAAUUAGGCCAUCAGAUGAAGUUCGUAUUGAAAACUCUUCAGCCUCCAUGGAGAUGGAACUGAAACAACAUGGAGAUGUGCAGGAUAAUGAUUGGAGAUAUCUGGCUGUUACUUCUUUUCUUGUUAAUGCUGCCACGUCAAGGUUCACUGUCUGUUUUGUUAUUGUGGCUUGCUCUGAUGCUACUCUCACCCUGCGGGCACUUGUUCUUCCCUAUCGAUAUUGGUUUGAUGUUGCAUCUUUGGCGCCUCUGUCAUCUCCCGUUCUGGCUUUACAACAUGUUGUGGCUCCCCUUCGCCAACCUUAUCAAGGUAAAACGAUGACCAGGAACAUAUAUAUUGCUAUUAGUGGAUCAACUGAUGGAAGCAUUGCCUUCUGGGAUGUUACUGAAAGCAUUAAAGCAUUUAUGCAGAGGGUAUCAUCACUUCACGUGGAAAAAUCUAUAGAUUUUCAAAAGCGACCACGCACUGGUAGAGGAAGCCAGGGUGGUCGCUGGUGGAAAUCUAUUGAUGCAACUCUAUCUGCUAAAGAAAUAUGUGCAGAUUCUAUGGCAUUGAGCGACAAAGUUGUCUGUAGUGACAAUCCUGUUGUUGAUAAAACUUCAGCAGAAAUGACCUUGAAGGCCAAGAAAAUAUCUUCUAAUCAUGUAAAAAUAGCUUCCUCUAAAUCUGAGGAAAGUUUUGACGAUUCUUCUGCCAGGUUUUCUGAAAUAAAACCGUUGCAUGUCUUGCAUAAUGUUCACCAAUCUGGCGUCAAUUGUCUGCACAUUUGCAGUCAAGGGAACAAUUUGCCAUACAGCCUGGUAAGUGGAGGGGAUGAUCAAGCAAUUAAUAUUCUGCAAUUUGUAGUGGAGCCAUCUGUAGCAAGCCCAAAUUCCAAUGAUAUUGGAAAAGAAGGUGAUACAACAUCAAAAUCAAGAAGCCCAGGACACACUAUGGACUACGACUCGAAUCAAAAUUAUUCAAUCAAAUUUAUACAUCAGAACAAACCUGUAGCAGCUCAUAGUUCUGCUGUAAAAGGUGUAUGGACAAAUGGGAUUUUGAUAUUCUCCACUGGUCUUGAUCAAAGACUAAGGUGCUGGAAGCUUCAAGAGCAUGGCGAUCUAACUGAACAUGGUCAUUUUAUAACUAGUGUGCCAGAGCCAGAAGCUUUAGAUGUCAGAGCUUGUGGAAGGAACUCUUAUCAGGUUGUUGUAGCUGGUAGAGGAAUGCAGAUGGUUGAGAUCUCUCUAUCUUCUGAAAAUGAUAGGCAGCAAUGAUUGGACUGUUCUAUAUGUCCAUGCACUUAAAGCACUGAACUGGUAAGCAAAAACUUACACCUGAUUUCUGUAAUUGGAUAUCGAGUGUGUCAGCAAUCCAGUGAAUGUCUGCAGUGUGCCUUUGUAAUUGUUCCGAAGCAGGUUCUCAGUGGUUUAGAUCUUUAUGAGUUGCUGAGUACUGGUAUCAUCGUCAACCAAAUGACAAUUUAACUAUUUCAAAGUAAUAGGUCAUAUCUAACUCCAUGGUCAAGGUUUUUGGCACUGAGGCUUUGUUGUUGUCAUUUUUGUUGUUGUUGGUCAAGGUUUUAUAAAAAAUGACCACAUUCUAUUAGGAUCACUGUCAUUGUGUCAUACUACUCAGUGAAACUGUGAAACAGCUAUAUCUCAUCCAUUGCUGUUCUACCAAACAUCUAAUGCUCCAAUUCCUGACCAUGAUGUAGUAAUUUGCUGAUGAUCCAAUUCUUGGUAACUGAUUUGGAUAUUCUUACUUUGGUUGGCAUUUGGCUGCAUGAAAACCCGUAUGUAGGUUUGAAUUUUGUUGGUUUUGCCUAUUUGUUUUGCUCUAAUUGCACAAUGCAGAAAAGAUGUGACCUUAUGGAUUUACAAGGAUAAAAUUCCAGUCCAACAAUUAGUAAUAUGUUGUUUCUCUCAUGGAUUAAUUUCACUUUUCUGGAACAAAAUCUGUGGCAUAAGCCCAGGCAUUAUUGUUAACAGGUUCUGUGAGAUGGUCAGAAGGACCCUUUCCGGUUACAAUUGCUUGAACAAAUAAGCCAAGCAUGGAGAACAUGGCAAGGCGGCCUUUCUUAAUCUCUUUCAUCUUCAACUCGGAAAAUGCUUCUGGAUCAUCUGCUAGACCAAGUGGGUGAAAGCUGCCACCUGGAUACAAAGGAUCAAUAACCUCACCUAGAGGCCCACCGGCAACCUGGUAACCCUCAACAGCACCCAUAAGGAUGACCUGGCAAGCGCAGAUGGCCAAGAUGCUUUGUGCAUGGAUCAAACUCGGGUCGCCCAAGUAGUCAAGACCUCCCUCGCUGAAGAUUUGAGAACCAGCAUUAAACCAAACUGCCUCUCCAAACUUAACCCUAUUCUAGAAAGAAGCUCAGGAAAGACAGCCUAAAGCUCCGAGCAUGACACGUCGAGAAUGAAUUACUUCAAGCUCUUUGUUCUUUGUAAAGGUAUUUGGGUCAGCCGAGGUCCAGCUGUAUUGCAUCCGUAGUCACCGGGGAAUUCCCCAGUGAGGUAGGAUGGGGACUCACCAGAGAUUAGGCCUAGGUACUUGACAUGUUAUGGGCCGUACCAUGGGCUUCCCGAGGAAGCUGUCUUCCUGAUUGUGAUUUUCCCAUUGCUUUGGGCAACGGCGGAUAGGUCUACUUUGAGUUCAAGGGGAAUACCUUCCCUAUAAAUGGGGAUGAAAGGGCCAUAGUUGACAUUGAUUCAUGGUUUUGUAAGGGAUUUCUUGUGUUCUUCGAGGACGAGAUUAUUGAUUUUGUGUUUGCUGUGCUAUUGGGCCAACACCUUAUAUACAAUUGAGGGAGGUCCACAUAUUUGUUCUAUGUGGAUAUGUGAAUCCAGACUUUCUCUUUGAUUGGUUAUUGGAAGUAAAGUGAUGAUUAGAUUUUGGAUCUGAGUCGGACCUUUAUGGUCAAUCAAUGCAUGUGAUACCGAUACCUCUAAUUGUAUCUCGAAUUCUUUUUGUGAUUUUUUUACACUCAGCAGAUUGCUUUUCUGGGUUUGAGUUUAACUAUAAAUAAUUACAUUCUUUUCUCUGAAGGGGAUAUAGGAAACAAAUGUGUACAUUGCUAUUUGCUACCCGUAACAGGGCCUCCAUUUAUGGCUCAACCAGUAGUUAGUAAUGUAUCUUUCUUGAUCAUUUACUGUGUCAGACUAUGCCUAUAUGUAUAUAUUUUUGGAUUGUUAA